AUGUGGAGACGAAUACCUUCUUCGCGUUCUUCUAUGCUCGUAGCCCUCCUCGCCCUUCUCACCGUCCUCAACCCGACUGCAACCCUGGCCAGCCGCAACGGCGCUACAGUAGACUCAUUGCGGCGUCCCUCUUCCGCAAUCGGCGGCGGCGAUCGCGGAGAUGCCAAGCUGACGGAGCAGCCGCAGCCGCUGUUCGAGGCGCACAUGCGGGAGAAGUGGGCCGCCGUGAAACACGACGCGCCGCAGCCCAGCAGCCUCGAAGAAAUCGCGCAGGAGUUUCUGCAGGAGGGCAGCAGCAGCAGCAUCAGCAGCAGCGGCGGCAGCGCUAUCCCGCGGCGGUCCGGGGCGCUACGCGCGCUGAGCCCCCGCCUGAGUUCCGCGGAGCGGGCGCGGCGGCUGUUGACCACCGACGUGGUGCCGAUUCAGGCGCCGCCGCUGGGGUCGCCGCCAAUGACGGGCGACCUGAACCAGCCGUGGUACCGUUUCGAAACUGUGUCGCAGCUGCGGUUCGUCGACUGGCGCGCGUCGCGGUACAGGACGGGCCUGCUGCUCCAGGACGGGUGCGAGAGCUGCUGGGCGUUAGCAGCGACGGACCUCCUUUCCAUGCUCUGGGCCCUCGCGUUCAAUGCCACGGCGCCCGUUCCCCUCGCGCCGCAGCAGGUCUGCGACUGCGGCACGGGCAAAUGCUGUAGCGGCGGCUGGCCGGAAUGGGUGUUUCUUUACGCGAUGAGCAACGGCGGCGUCGCGCGGGAGGUUGAUUAUCCGUACACCGCUAUGGAUGGGUUGACUUGCCAAGGAUUGCAAGCCGGCGCGGUGAAAAUGGGGAACGUGAGCGGGUGGGAAAAGGUCCCGGCGAAAAGCGCGGUUUCGCUAAUGAAAGCGGUUUCGCAGCAGCCGGUUCUGGUUUACAUCGCAACGGAUAGCGACGAUUUUCGGGGUUACACUGGUGGCUUAUUCAAAGGAGCUUGCGGAAAAGAUAUCGACCAUGCGAUGAUUGUGAUGGGCUACAGUUUGGAUGCGACGGAAGGACCCUAUUGGCUGCUGAAAAACACCUGGGGGCCGGAUUGGGGCGAAAUUGGUUACAUGAAGCUGCCGAUUUUCAACGACAGCCAACCGAGUGGGAAGUGUAACAUCCACAGCGAACCUGCGGUGUACCCAACUUUUUACGAUUCGCGAAGCAGUGCGAACCCGUGUAACGUUCGCCCGCAGCCGUGCGGUGCGGGCACGUGCAAAUUGGGUUCGGAUGGCGCGGCGCGGUGUACGUGCCCCGCGGGGUUUGUGGAGAGGAGGGAGUCGACCGGGCCGCCCAAAUGUGUUCCGGCGGACCCGUGCGGCGCGAACCCAAACCCGUGCGGCUGGGGAAACUGCUCGAAUAAAUUCGACGGCAGCUACACCUGCUCUUGCCCCACUGGUUCGGUGAUCGGCGCGCGCACGGACGGCGCAAUGACGUGCGUGCUGGGCACGUUUCAGAGCGGCCUGCAGACCUACACCGUCGCCGCAGGGGACACGUGCCAGUCCCUCGCGCGCGCGUUCAACAUCACCCCAGCGGCCCUCGAGGCCAGAAACCCCUUCGUAGACUGCUCCCUCCCGUCCCUCACGCCCGGCUACAUACUCAUCGUAGCCGGCGACACCAACGUCACCUUGGGCUGUGCAGCAGUCGACCUCAUCUCUCCAAACGACACCUGCACCGCCAUCGCUUCCCGUAACAACGUUACCACAAAAGUGUUACAGGCGCUCAACCCGGGCGUGAACUGCUCGCUGCCCGCGCCGUCCCCGUCGCUGCGAGUGUCGUCGACGGUGUGCGUGCGAUCCGGAAUGCUGUCUACAACUGCACCGGCGGCUGUGUCGUGUGGGCAGACGUACCGAGUGCAGCCGGGGGACACCUGCAUGAAUGUGGCUCUCAACGUCAGCAUCACACUCACUCGCCUCUUGCUCCUCAAUCCAGGGCUGAGAUGUGCCAGCACAACCCCUCUGGACCCCUCAAUGCUGCUCUGUGUGGCACCGCUGACAGUGGAGCUAGUGAGUGUGGAGUGCGCCGAGUGGUACUCUGUCACCCAGGCCGACACCUGCAGCCGCAUCGCCAACGCCGCGCUUCUCUCCAUGGACGACUUUAUGAAGCUCAAUCCCGGACUCAGGUGUGACCCGCCAUACUUUCAGAUCGGCCAGCAGGUGUGCGUCGCAGGGGCAAUCGACGCGUUCAGUGCCGACUCUCUCUCCUCCGACGUUAUCCCCUACACCGUCGUUGCCAACGACACACUCGCAUCGAUUACCAAGUAUUUCAACACUCUCUGCCUCAACAACACCUUUCCCACUUCUAUCUGCGACACCAACACCCUCCCCACCUGCGACGAUUCCGCGAUCUCGCAAGGGCAACUGCUGCUAAUACCCUGCAAAAACCGGAUAUUUUCGGAUGUCUGCCCGCUGGCGACGUCGACCGUGUGUGGGGCCGACGGGGUGACGUACGGCAGCGGGUGUGCGGCGAAAAAGGCAUAUGCGAUGCCGUUCAGGCAGGGACAUCCGCUCAAGCAGAGUAUGGCGUGCAGGGAGUUGCUAGGAGCGAUUCUCGUUCUCUCGCUCGCCGUAGCGGCGGCUGCGGGGCCGACGCCUGCGGAGUUUAUCGCGGAACUGGAGCAGCUGCAGAAGACCCUUGCAAAGAACCCGUUCAAAUACUCGAUUGUAGCGAACGCGUUACGACGAUCAAUCAAACAGCUUAAAAAGCUACCCGACGCGAAUAUAAGUGUGGAGUUUCUAUCCGAAAACACGGCGCUGAUUCCCACCAACAUCGCUCUCACGGGAGUCGGCAUACGCGCUAUAGUGCCGAAGCUCAUGGGUGACCUGAUUCGUUUCAACGUCCUCGAAGGCAUGUACCCCUUUGCACAAAUAAAGUCGAUUCCCGUUGGCGGGAAACUGAAAACGCAAUUGAACGGGAAGCAGCUUGUACGGUUCAAGACGCAGACGGGUUUCCUUUCGCACGGUACAACCGUCGCUCUGGGCCCUCCUGGGGCGAACGUGCUGACGUGGGCACAAAUCGACGAUCCAGAUCUCUUCAAGGGGAAAUUCAUCUGGGCGCACGGUGUGGAUGGGGUGCUCAAGCCCAACGGGAUCAUCUGA